UUAUCAAAGUAUUCAGCCCAUGAUGCACCAAGAAACUGUUGUAGACCAUGUUGUGUUUGUCAUUCAUGUAAGUAUAAAACUAAAUAGAAUAACUUAUUCAUUUAAGUAGGGUAUUGGACAGGUAAAAAAUAAAAAAAUAUAUUAGGUUACUGAAUGAAUGAUAGCAAACAGAACAAUUUGGUUUCUUUGAUAAACAUAGUAAGUAGAAAAAUACUUGAAAAAAAGAAAGAAAAAGGGCUCAUUCUGCAUAGUACAAAGUCUUCAUGACACGACAAACAAGGUUGUACAAGAAAAUGGAAAAGAGACCAAGAUGCAUUAUAUUCCUAUUGAAUGGCAUAAACAUAUUCAUCAAGAAACAGACCAAGCGAUGGAUAACAUCACAUUGAACUCAAUUCCCUUUAUGCGUAUGAUCAAUAAUGACUAUUUAGCAGAUGCCUUUUUUUAUCUGUCUAAAGAAAGAGGUCAAAGUAUCAUUCAGCAUGUUACUCAAACAUUUAACCGUGCCUAUCUGGAAUUUAUGCAAAUUCACCCGAAUUUUAAUGGAAAAAUAGCCAUUUUAGCUUAUUCUCUUGGUGGCAUUAUUACAUGGGAUAUAUUAUCAAAUCAAACAAGACCUGGUCUAACAAGACAACGCAUUGAGUCUUAUUCAAAACUUGAUUUAGAAUUCCCAACACUUGCCUUUAAACCAGAUUAUUUGUUUGCAGUGGGUAGUCCUCUAAGUGCUUUCUUAACUGUACGAAGCCAAGAUCCUAGAUUGUACAAACCUGAUCCCUCCAUUAUUUUUGAAAACGUUUUUCAUCCCUUUGACCCCUUGGCAUAUCGUUUUGAACCCAUGUUGAACUCAGAAUACAAACAUCAACCUGCUGUCUUGGUGGAGCAAAGUGUACCUCAAUUUGUGUUUCAAGAUCAAGCGAGACAAGUGUGGACCAAAAGUUUGGAUCUCAUUGCUUGUGUAUCAAGACCCUUUUGCCAAGACAAGGAAACCCAGAACACAAGUGUCUUGGCCACAUUAAAACGUUGUUUUUCUUAUUCCUUUGGCUUUCAUCCUUCUUUUGAAGUCUGUCAUGAACAAGAAGAUGAAAAGUUGGAAAGUGGCAAGAAACGACGCUUUGAGGAUUUGCUUGAUGGCGCUCGUAAAAGGAAGCGGGAAAACGAACUCUUAGAGACAACAGUGACGCGUGGCAUUAAGCAUAAAGACAACAGCGAUACAUGUCAUGAGUUUCUACCAAGACGUAUUGACUAUGUACUUCGACCUGAGCGAUUUUUGGGAGUAGCGAAAAACAAGUAUGUGAGUGGAUUAACGGCUCAUUUUUGUUAUUGGACACAUAAUGAUCUCAUGUGGCAUAUGGUGUGUCAACUUGAUGGUAUCAGUUCAGAAGCCAAUUAGAAUUUUGUAGUAGAGUUUAUUAUACAUAUAUUAAAUCAUAUUAUCCAUAAAAGGUGUACAAAAGGGU